UCUUUGAGCUGGGCUGAAAUUAUUCAUCUAAUGUGAUAUGGGUUAUGCGUGGGAUGGCUUAACCAGGCCCAGGAGGUAACGCCCAUGUUCAAGCCCUUUUUAUUCUUCUUGGUUUGAAUUUUUGAUCGUUACAUUCAAACAAAGACGAACACGGGGAGAAGAAGGGCAAGCAGCGCUGGAAGAAGAGGAAGUUCGAAUCGCUUCUCUAAUAAAAAAAUGCCCCAACAUGCGAGUCCUCCGCCAAAUUCAGGCUCGCCUCUUUACUCGCCCCUUUCCUAUCUCCACCCUCUCCUUCGCUCUGUCCAAAAUCGUGGCCUUCUGCGCUCUCUCUUCCCUCGGCGACAUCGACUACGCGCGCCGAGUUUUCUCUCGUAUUCCGAACCCGGGCAUAUUUUCUUGGAAUUCCAUGAUAAGGGGCUGUUCCCUAGUCGAAAACCAUUCAAGGGAGUCCGUGUACUUUUUCAAACGAUUGGUUAGGAGAGGCUACCCGUGUCCGAACACGUUUACCUUAGCCUUUGUUCUCAAGGCAUGUUCAAUUAUAUCGGCAUGUGAAGAGGGUCUUCAGGUUCAUACGCGUGUUUUUCGAUCUGGAUUCGGUUCGAGCCCAUUUGUGCAGACCGCGUUGGUAAAUUUCUAUGCGAAAUGCGAAGAGAUUGGGCUUGCGAGGAUCGCGUUUGAUGAAAUUCCUGAGAAGAAUUUGGUUGCAUGGAGUACGAUGAUUAGUGGGUAUGCAAAAGUUGGUUUGGUUAAUGAGGCAUUAGGUCUUUUCAGGGAAAUGCAAAAGGCGGGGGUUGAACCAGAUGAAGUUACUCUGGUGAGCGUGAUUUCUGCUUGCGCUGGAGCAGGUGCUUUGGAUAUUGGUAGAUGGGUUCAUGCAUACAUGGAGAAGCAGAUGAUUGAUAUUGAUCUUGAACUGAGUACUGCACUUGUUAAUAUGUAUGCCAAGUGUGGGUGCAUUGAAAGAGCAAAGAAAGUCUUUUGUGAAAUGCCUGUGAAAGAUGCGAAAGCUUGGAGCACAAUGAUUGUGGGGUUGGCAAUUCACGGGCUUUCAGAGAGUGCUUUGGAGACCUUUUCCAGGAUGGAAGAAGCCAAGGUGAAGCCAAACCAUGUAACGCUCCUUGGUGUUUUAUCUGCAUGUGCGCAUGGUGGACUAGUUUCAGAAGGUAGGAAACAUUGGUCAAGCAUGCUUGAAUCCAGAAUUGAACCAUCAAUGGAGCAUUAUAGUUGUAUGGUUGAUCUACUCUGUCGAGCUCACCUUGUUGACGAGGCUUGCAAUCUUGUUGAAGACAUGGCAAUUCCACCCAAUCCAGUGAUCUUACGAACGUUACUUGUGGGUUGCAAGAAGAAUAAGAUGUUGGAUAGAGGUGAAAUUAUAGCUGAGCAGCUUCUUGAAUUAGAACCACUAAAUGCAGAGAACUAUGUCCUCCUCUCAAGUUUGUAUGCAUCAGUUUCUCAGUGGGAGAAGAUGAGCCACAUUAGAAAGAAGAUGAAGGACAAAGGCAUUAAGGCAGUUCCUGGGUGCAGCUUCAUUGAGGUUGAUGGAUUUGUGCAUGAGUUUGCAAUGGGUGACCAGUUCCAUCCUGAGACGGAGGAGUUAACAGAGAUUCUGAGAGAGAUUUCCGAACAGGUUCGUGAUUUUGGGCACAAACCAUUCAUUUCAGAUGUACUGCACAAGGCAGCUUGUUGAAGGGAAGGAGAGUGCCCUUGGCGAUCAUAGUGAGAGAAUAGCCCCUGCUUAAAGGCUAUUAAAGACUAAAAUACCAAGAGUAAUUUGGGUAGCAAAGAACCAAAGGGAUUUAUGGGGACUGUCAUGGCACUUGUGCUUGUAGGGAUUUUUGGUGAACUUCUAUCUUUUGGAGCAGUAACACUUGACCUGGAAGGUGAAGGAGUUCUGAUUUAAUUUGCAGCCGUUAGAAAAGUGAAAUGCUCCUCUUAUUAUGACUUUGUAUGACGUACACCUACUUGCUAAGCCAUGUACAGAAAGCGAGACAGCUAUUAGAGAACAGAUUUGUAUGGAGAACUAGUUAUUAUUUUAAGAGAAGGAUGUGUGGAACAAAGAAUGCAGCAUCCGCCAACAAAAGCAUUUCGAGCAUUUCCUGAUCUCUUGCAAUAAUUUAUGUCAUGGUUAAGUUGAUUUUCUUUUUCUCUACUUUUUUUUCAUUUUAUUCCAAUUUCCAUGUAAAUGGGCAACAAGAAACUAGAUAUUUUUAUUACAUGGAUUAGUUCAUUCCACAAGUUCAUUCCGAUUUCCGUGAGCA